AUGGCGGACGACCGACUCGGCGAGUGGCUGCCGGACGUCGCGGCGCUCGCAGUGCUCAGCGUGGCCGUGCACUACCUCUUGGGACUGUACGGUCUACUGGGCGCGCUGCUGCUCAUUGUCCUGCUCGACCACGGCGCGCAGCUCAGGGGCAAGCCGCGGCUCGGGCUGGCGGACGGGCGGACGCCGUCCACUCGCGGUGGAGCGGACGCGUCCACCACACCAGCGGACGACCCCCACGAGCUCCGGCCAAGAGAGCUCCAAGACGCAACAGCGGACCCACAAGUACAACUUCGCGAAGACGAAGACAACGACAAUGACAGUGAGCCCAAUGGCCGCACGUCCGCUCUCGUCGUGCGUGACGUCGGGAGCGUCCGCCGCACGUCCACCGCGCGUCGACACCGCGUGCCGCUCAACGCCCGCACGCCCGUGUCGAUCGAGACGGAGCUCUUUGUCGGCCACGCGCUGCUGUUGGUGCGCACGGAGCCCGAAGAUCCGCAGCACGCGGCGCUGUUUGCCGGCAAGCGCCGUCUCUUUUGGAUCCAAGUGCAGGGGCAGUUCAAACAGCCGCCGCCCGGUCCCGUCUACCUCGGGGGCGAGCUGCCCGCGCAGAUUGCGCUGGGCGUGUUCACGCGCAGCAUUGCGCUCGUGAUCAUGCGGCUGAUCCGACGGCUCGUGGGGCGCGUGAGCUUUAGCUUUGGGAGCGCUGUCGACAGCGAACGGGACGGCAGUGGUGGCGCAGUGGACGAGCUGCCGGCAGUGGCAUUUCCGCUGUUUCAGUCGGUGGACCAACUGGUGGAGACACCGGAAGGAGAGACGCCGCCAGUGUUGGGCACGAGCGACUUUGGCGAAGGCGACGACGCGCGCGAGAAAAGGCGGCAGACGGCCGUUGGGGCCGAAACGCUGAGGGUCGGACCGACGUAUACGUUCGACUUUCAUACAAUGUACGUGGACCUGGUCAAGUGGGAGACGGCAAACCUGCCGAGCGGCCUCAAUGCCAUUAACCUUGCGAGCUUUUUCGACUCGUUGCCGCUGCGUCUUGUGGCGUAUGCCGUGCGUCCGACGGCCGCGGGGGUCGUGAUGGAUCGCCAUCGACAGCAGGAUAAGGAGUAUUUGUUUUCGUUUGAAGUCGAGUUCGACAAGCGUCGACAGGAGCUGAGUGGUCGGCGUGGAGGGACUGCCACGACGGCGCAGGAGGCACGACAAGGCAGACCUCGACCAGACGAUGGACGGGCCCCGAUGCUAGCUGGACUUGGAUUGAGUGGGAUGAUGGGCUCCGAGAUGAGCACAAUGAGCACGACGUUGAGUGAUGCGAGUUCCAUGACGGAAGAGGAUCCCGUGCUGGCCCAAGACCACGCAGAUUUUAUGCGCCUUGAGCAUGCCCGGCGACUUGGACAGCUUUCGUUUUCGUACCUGUGUUGGAUGGAAGAAGUGAACGUGGCAUCGGACGUGCGCCGUGUCCACUAUGUGUUUGCGGUGAAAGAUAAGGUUGGCGAGUACGAUGAAGAAGCACUUGAGGAAGACGACGAGGUCACAAAACUCCAGUCGCGCUACCGGCUUGCCAUUGUAAGUAGCUACGAGCUGCGUCACUUGCUAAUGGGUCGUCACGCGUUACGUUACGGCAAAGUGGCUGAAGAGCUGGCCAAGCUGCGUUUCCAUAGUCGCUCGCGCAUUGGCAGCUACAGCACGAUCUCGACAGAAGUGCAGCAAGUCGUAUUGCACCUUCAGAGGCUGGCUAGCGAGCCACUCCGGCCAUCAGCGCCACCGUCGUAUGCCAGCAGCUGCAUGAGUGACACGGAUUCAUUCAGUGAAGGAAAAAGUGGAGACGAGCAGAAAUGUCUUGAGGAAGUGCGUCUUGUUGCAGCUCAGGCUGCACUCUACCGAUGUCUUACGAAGCGUCAGAGGCUGCAAGAAUUGUGUGCCUCCAGCACAAGAUUGUCUCCAUCUCGGAUCGGCGUGAACCUCAGUCGCCACGACCGCGAAGACAUGGGUGUAAUUUUCGAGGGAGUGGUGUACCGCUACUACUCUGCUGAACUGUUGCGACAGGAGGUUCUGCUGCUCACAAACGACGCCCUGCUGUUUUAUCGAUCUUUCGCUUCCAGCGCGGAGAAGCAGGUGCCAAGCGCCCACGUCAUUGGCGCUCGAGCUGUGGAGAUGCCUUCAUUUGCAGCGUAUCGUGACGGCGCGAGUGGGACUGAUGGGGCCUUUGCGUUGCAGGUCAGUACGUUCGCAGAGGAGAUUGUGCUGUGUGUCGGCACGUGUUCUGCACGGGAUGCCUGGGUGCGAGGCAUUUCGCAAUGCUAUAAUCCCACGAUGAACUUUGUCCGUGCGCGGGAAGGCGAGAUGUGCAUCGACUUUGCUACAUCCACUGCGCUUCGGCCCGCCAACCGUGUCGAACUUAACUCACGACUACUAUUUCCGCACAUGAAGUGCCAAUACCCGCAGAGGGGCGACGCCAGUGACAAAGCAGGCAUCGAAACGCUUUUCACUGGUACUAUAUCGGGUGCCCUCGCACUCGUAGAACGCACACUGACGCGUGCAGUCCACGUUCUCAACAACGCGCAGCAGCUUCUAGUGAACGACGCACUGGCGUUCUUAGACGACGCAAGUGCAUUGCGAGCAGUGGACUUGGAGCUACUACAUGAGUCGGGUUCUCACGAAGAGCAGGUGGCUUUCUACUUGAACCUGUAUCACACGGUGCUCGCUCACGCGAUGAUUGCUCACGGCUUUCCGCGAAGCAAAGGCCAUUGGAGCCACUUUCUUACGCGAUCAUGUUAUGUAUUGAGCCGUGGUCCGGACAGAGAGCAGGUCAGUCUAUCACUGGCAGAGAUCGAACACGUGAUCCUGCGCGCCCGCAUGCCCCGUGCUGAGCUUCCCCACUUGGCCGUGAAGAGUGUGUUGAUGACCGUCACUGAACCAGGGAGUCGAUUGCAGGGACUCGGCGUCAUGCAUCCCGAUUUCCGUCUCAGUCUGGCAUUGGUGGUGAAUCACCCUGGCAGUGAAGAAGUAGUGAUAUAUGAUCCGGCAUCCGUGCACGAUCAGCUAAAUGCAGUUGUGCGCUCGUGGCUAAGGCUCUCUCGAGCACAAGGGCAUUUGGAGAUACGAGAGGACUCGAACACUAUUGUGCUACCGCGCGUGUGCGAAUGGUAUCGCCGAGAUUUUGGUGGGGCCGAUUCAAACGCGUCCGCAGUCUACACCCGUAAGCUACUGGGCUUCAUGGACAACAAGCUGCAGCUACAGGUGAUCAAUGCGAUGGGCCUCGACGACAUCCCGCUGCGCACAAAGUUCCGUUCGUUCACGUAUACACCGAAGCUCACGCUUGCGCUGGAUAAGAGUCGGUAUCCAUCAGUCGUUGACAUGAAGAACGCUGACAGCACUGAUUCUGCUGCGGCUGACGAAAGUGGCGGGACGACGCGACUCUAG